AUCAUAUAGAUCUGUAGUUCAGAACUUUACUGUUAUAGUAUACUACCCUUACAGUUCUAUGGUUUCAACCAACACACAGCGUUUCUACGUCACUUCCCUUAAUCAGAAGUACUCGGAAGUUGGUGCCAUGUUGCGUUUUUGGGGAGUCUGUGAGAAAGAAGAGGAAUCGAACUGAUUUGAGGGAGAGUAGCUAUGGAGCAGUUUCAAAAAUGGACCUUAAUUUCUACUCGGAGUUGUCGGACAGUACCGAACAUCACAGUGAGUCGGAGUUCCUGGACUCGCAGGCUUUCAACGGAUACGACGCCGUCAACAAGUUUCCUGGGGGUGGUGAAAACUUCCUGACCAUCCCUGGACCAACCUUCUUAUCAUCCUCUGAGACGUUCCACACCCCCAGCCUGGGUGAUGAAGAGUUUGAGAUCCCGGCCAUCUCUCUGGACCCGGACUCGGCCCUGUCAGUGUCGGACGUGGUGUCGCAUUUUGGGGAGCUCUCUGACGGGGGACCCCCGGGGGCGGUCCCAGAGAGCGCUGUGGUGGGAGGGAACGACCCCUCCUUCGCUUCCACCUUCGUCAGCCCCCCCACCUCAGGCCUGGAGCACCUGAGUCUGGGGGUGAUGAGCCAGUCAGCAGGGGGGCCCCUGCUCAGUUCCACACUUAGCAUGGAUCUGAGCCAUUCGAUUGGCUCUGAGUUCAGCAGCUCCUCCCCCAUGACCAUCGACGUCCCCCUGAGCGACAUUAACCACGGCUUACUCGGCCACAACCAGCUGACCACAAUUGACCAAUCAGAACUGAGCGAUCAGCUGGGGCUCAGCCUGGGCGGAGGGACCAUCCUGCCCCACCCUCAGUCACCUGAGCAUGCUCUGUCGGCCACGCCCUCUCCGGGCGGGUCCCUACAGGACGAGGAUAUGGAGGACUUCGGCCAAACUGCACUGGUGGAGUCCCCUCUUUCCCUCUCGGUUUCCACGGCAAUGGUGUCACUCAGCCCUGCUCUGUCAGACUUCGCCCCCGCACCCCUCCGGAGGGGCGGGGCCGGGAAGAAGGGGCGUAAGAAGAAGGACCCGAACGAGCCGCAGAAGCCGGUCUCGGCCUACGCCCUCUUCUUCCGCGACACGCAGGCCGCCAUCAAGGGCCAGAACCCCAGCGCCACCUUCGGGGAGGUGUCCAAGAUCGUAGCGUCCAUGUGGGACAGCCUGGGGGAGGAGCAGAAACAGGUGUAUAAGAGGAAGACCGACACAGCCAAGAAGGAGUAUCUGAAAGCCCUGGCAGCAUACAGAGCCAAUCAGCUCUCUCAGGUCAGAGCCAAUCAGCUCUCUCAGCCCACAAUCCAGGUGAUGGACACACCCCCUUCUCCGCCCCCCAUAGCUGCCACACCCCGCCCAGCCCGAAUUUCUCACCACGCCCCCGAGCAGAACACCAUCACCAACAUCUGCACCUCCAACAUCAUCCUGGACCUCCCUCAGGUCACCACCCGCUCUCGUACGGGUGCUCACAAAGCCUCCAACCCUGCCCCUAGCCCCGCCCCCAACCCUCCCACUGUCACCAAGAUCAUCAUCUCCAAGCAGGUGCUGGUGGGGGCCGGGGGUGGGGCCAGGGGCGGGGCAAGAGCCCAAAGCCAGCAGGUCCCCCACACCUCUGGGCUGACUGUGAUCCCCGGCCCCGCCCCUGGCCCCGCCCGCCAGCCCCCGCCCCUGCAGCAGAUGCAGAACACACCCCUGCCGCCCCGCCUCCAGCAGAUGGCGCACUCCCCAGCCCCGCCCCCCCUCCAGGCCAAGCCGCGGGGCGGAGCAGGGGCAGGGCCAGCAGUGUCUGUCACUAGUGCCCCGCCCCCUCCACUGCAGAUCAAGAUUGUACCUGCCUCUCUGGAGGUGGAUUUGGCCACGCCCAUUGUUGUUACCACAGUGACAGCGGCCUCCUCAUCCCCCGCAGAGCCAAGCAAGGUGGUACCUACUGCAGAGGAAGUGGCAGAGAUGGAGUUCACCUCUGGAGAGAUGGAGGUGGAGGUGAAUGUGGCUCCAGGCUCAGGGGACUCUGCCCCCCCUGGCCCCCCCAGCCCCCCCGCCCGCUGUAUCCGGGCCGGCUGCACCAACGCGCCUGUGGAGAGCAAGGACUGGGACAGAGAGUACUGCAGCAACGAGUGUGUAGCCACACACUGCAGGGAUGUAUUCCUGGCCUGGUGUUCCAUCCGUGCACAGAGCUCCGCCACUGUGACGUGAGCGUCACACAUCACCUGGGAAACGAUUUCACACCGUCUACCUGUCUUCUGUCUUACCAUGGAAACUCUGAAUUAUGGGAUAGGCCCUGUCUGGGGCCAUGCAUUCUGGGACAGUCUGCGUGUGCUUGUAUGCGUGCAAGCGUGUGUGUGUGUGCGUGCACAAGUAGCCAAAAGAGCAUUUCUUUGGUGUGUCCCACUGAAAGAGCAUUUAUAUGGUGGGUUCUGCUGCAAUUAAAUUAAUUUAUCAAGUUUAUUUAAUUUUAUCUUUUGUGUUUUGGGGCUGCAGCUGCUUAGUGACUGGAGGCAUGCGCUCCCCCUGUGGGUGUGGAAGGGUAGUGCAGCUGAGCCUACUGACACAUUACAAUAAAAACAAUAAUGCUGAAAACUGAAAUGGUAAAUACAUCUAUAAAUAAAUAUAUAUUUAUAAUUGUAAUUUAAACUCUACAGAGAUUUUUCAAUUUGUCUGUGUAUUUUUAAUUAAUGUGCGCAGUUUUUUUCCUCAUUAUUUUUUUGUAGAGUAGUGGGCUGGUGCAUUUUAAUUCGGGAAUGUAAGAAGGUUUUUUAAAGUGAACAGAGUGCUGAUCAUUGUGCCUGGCAGUUAUAUGAGGUCCAGGCUUGAGUUCUAAUAAAUCCCCAUCAGAACUGCCGCCUAUGGCCCUGCGUUAUUAUUGGCUAAUUAAGGCCCUGCGUUAUUAUUGGGUGAUUAAGGCCCUGCGUUAUUAUUGGCUAAUUAAGGCACUGUGUUAUUAUUGGCUAAUUAAGGCCCUGCAUUAUUAUUGGCUAAUUAAGGCCCUGUAUUAUUAUUGGCUGAUUGAGGCCCUGCAUUAUUAUUGGCUGAUUAAGGCCCUGCGUUAUUAUUGGCUAAUUAAGGUCAUGCGUUAUUAUUGGUUAAUUAAGGCCCUGCGUUAUUAUUGGCUGAUUAAGGCCCUGCGUUAUUAUUGGCUAAUUAAGGAACUGCGUUAUUAUUGGCUAAUUAAGGCCCUGUGUUAUUAUUGGCUGAUUAAGUUCCUGCGUUAUUAUUGGCUAAUUAAGGCCCUGCGUUAUUAUUGGCUGAUUAAGGUCCUGCAUUAUUAUUGGCUGAUUAAGGCCCUGUGUUGUAGUUGCCUAAUUCCCUGGUAUGCUGUGUAUGAGAUGUUUGGGGUGUACAUAGAAACUGGAUAUGGUAGGAGGGACCAGGCCAUAGAGCUUACAUAGGAACAGGAGAGAGGAGGAGGGGCCAGGCCAUAGAGCGUACAUAGGAACUAGAGAGAGUAGGAGGGGCCAGGCCAUAGAGCGUACAUAGGAACUAGAGAGAGUAGGAGGGGCCAGGCCAUAGAGCGUACAUAGGAACUAGAGAGAGUAGGAGGGGCCAGGCCAUAGAGCGUACAUAGGAACAGGAGAGGGCAGGAGAUGCCAGGCGGUGAAGCGUAGGAAGUAAAAGGAAACAGUCUCUUCUGUGCAUGUUGUGGGCAAAAGAGCUUGCUGUCCAUUUAAUUCAAUGUAGAAAUCCAGGGUGAUUUUACAACCAAAGAAAACCUCAUCAAGCCAUGGCAUGGCACCUAUCAGAGAGUUCCCUGGUGUCCUGGCGAUAUUCCUGAUCUGGCUGUCCAGCUCUCACCUGCUUCCCAGUCAUCUCCAGCAUAACUGGCUCAUAUAUGCCCUCCUUCUCCACCUGAAGUAAUGUGCGCUGAGCACAAAAUGGCUGCCGGACAUCACCAAUCACCCGUCCUGCUGGGUGAGGUUGCUUCCCACCUUUCACUGUAAAGUGUUUGAGAUUAUGAGAUUAAAAGUGCUAUUUAAAUGCAGUCUAUUAUCCAGGGUCUCCACUGGUAAAUUAUGAGGGAAAAUAUUGUUGUGGGGUAUGGAUUCAUAGAAAUACAUUUUUCAGCUCAGUCACAAUUAAAGGGUAAUUAUUAUUAGCCUCACUCGAAACAGCCUUGUGGACUUUUUUUUCCCCAAAAUAUAAAAGUAGUCAUUUAUUAUUUGCAAUUCAAAAGAAAUGUUUUGAAUGUUCCAUUUCCAAUGUCAAGAACAUGUUUUGUCACCACUCCAAGAAACAAAAUGCAAAUUAGAUACUGUAAGGAGACUACACCCAAUAU